AUGGACGCAGAGGUCGCGCGGCUGACGGCCGACGCUGCCGCCAAGGAGGCCAGCCUCAACGAGCUCAAGACCAAGACCAAGGCCUUCGCCGAGGCCAUGACCGCCGAGAAGAAGCAGCUCGAAGCCUCGCUCGCGGCCGCCAAGGCCGAGCUCGCCGACAUCAAGGUCAAGGCCAAGGCCUUCGCCGACAACGUCCGCGCCCAGAUCGUGGCCGAGAAGGACCGCGUGCACGCUCUCGAGUCGCAAGUGCAGGCCAAGGAAGCUGAGCUCGCGACGCUCAAGGCCCAGCCGGCGAGAUUGAGUCAUGACCAUGGUGCCAGCGAUGCCGAGGUCGCCGCGGCCGUCGCGACCAAGGAGCGUGAGAUGCAGCAGCGACUCGAUGAAGCCAUGGCGACGAUGCGAGCACAGCUCGCACAAAGCCGCGCGGACGACGAGCGCCGCCUUCAAGCGGCCCAAGACGACCAUGCGCGUACGGUGCAGAUGCUCCAGGAGCAGGUCAAGGCCCUGUCGGACGCGAGCUCGGACGUCUCGACAGCGUCGUCGCAGUGGGCCUUCGAGAAAGCACAGCUCGAGCAAGACGCGCGCAACGCACAGGCGCAGCUCGAUGCACAGAUCCGCAGCCUCUCCGAGGCCCAUUUGCGCGAACUCGCACAACUGCAAGCGACAAGCCGCGCGCAAGUCGACGAGCUCACAGCGCAGCUCGCAACGGCGUCGGCGCGCACGCAGAGCCUCGAAGCCAACGCAUCGGCGUCCGAGAGCGCGAGUGCCAGCCGCGCAACCGCGCUGCAGGAGACGCUACAGACGGUCGCCGGGCUUCUCGAGCAGCUUGUUCCGAUGGCGACGACGUCGGACCCCGUGGCUUUGGCGCAGGCGCUGCAGGCGUCGGUACGCGAUGCGACGACGGCGCAGCAGAGCCACGAAGGUCGCGUGCAGCGGCUCGAGGCCGAGAAGGCGACCAUUGAGAAGGACAAGGCAGCCAUCGAGACCGUGCUGCGUGAAACGACUGCAUCGCUCGAGACGGCCAAGGCAGCAGCCUCGUCGGCGCAGACACAGCUCUCGUCGCUGCAGUCCGAGACGAGCUGGGCUGCGUCGGGCUUGCAGUCGCAGCUCGCGUCCCUCCAAGACCAGCUUCGGUCGGCCACAGACGAGCUCCAGUCGCACAAGGAGAUGCUCUCGCGCGAGACGUCGCAGAAGGACGCGCUGCAGGUCGAGCUCAACGAGCUCCGCAUGGAGCUGUCGCAUGAAAAGUCGCAGCACAAGUCGCAGUCGAGUGAUUUGGCCUCGCUCCAAGCCGACAUCGCUGCCGGGAAGGCCCAGAUUGCGCAACUGGCCCAAGAGAAGAGCGAGCUCAUGGCGCGCCACGACCGGUUCCUCAAGGACGAGGAAGAGAAGAAGGUCAAGGUCAAGCAGUACGUCCAGGCGCUGACGACCGAGAAGCAAAAGGCGCUUGACGCGAUCGGCCAAGUGACCGCCGACCUCGAGGGCGCGAGAAAGGCGAUCGCCGAGAAGGACGGACUCUUUGAGAAGCGCAUGGCCGAGAUCAAGGCCAAGACGAUGGACAAGUUUGCCGAGCACGAGCGCGUCAUCACCAAGGCCAAAGAGGAGAACGACCGCCUCAGCGACGUCAUCAAGAAGCUUGAGGCCGAGGUCAAGAGCCUCAGCGUCAAGAAGAAAGAGGCCGAAGACGAGACGAUGGAGUCGCUCAAGAAGAAGCGACUGGCGGCCAAGGCAGAGACGCAGAAACUGGCCAACGACCUCGAGGGCAUCCAGCGCCGCGCGGCCAUGUUCGCCGAUGUGACGAGCAACAAGUGCGUCCAGCAGACCAAGCAGAUGGACCUCCUCCAAGAGAAGGUCCUCGAGUCCAUCCACGCCAUGAGCCAUCAGAAGAAAUGCGACGUGUCGUCCCUCCACGAACUCUGCGUUGUGCACGACUCGCCGCGCAUGAGUGCCAACCUCCCGGGGCCGGCCAUGGGCCUCACCAAGGUCGACGACGAAAUCUCCCGCGUGUUUGACAAGAUGACGACGCUUGGCAACGUGACCGAACGUCUCUGUGACUUGAUGCUGGAAGACGGCGGCUUGAGCCUCAAAGACUUGGUCAUCGACCGCGUCGUCAAGCAGUUUUCAGCGUGCUUUGUGCACGCGCCGGCGCACGGCAAGCCCGACGAAGCCGGCCUCCUCCGCCAACGCAGCUCGAGCUCGUCCACGCAGCCAACGAUCCACGACCUAUCUACGAAUCGAUGUCGAGAGUGA